UUUCUCCUACUUCUUAAAUAUUGGUGCAUGGCUUCUCACUCCUCAAGUGCUCCUCAAGUUCUGUCACUUUUUAAUUUUUAUUCCCGAGAUCCCAAGUGUCAAGUGUGCGUCGCGUGUGGUUCAUUGGACAGAACUUCACGGAUUACUUCCAUUUUUGCAUGAGCCAUUCAUUUGUUUCUGUAAGAUGUCAGAUGUGGUUGAUGAUGAAUUAUUAGGUGGUGAAGAUGAAAUAGAUGACAUUUACGAUAUAACCAACGAGAGAGAAGAAGCUCUCCUCCAAGAAGAAGAUGAAUAUUCAAAAAGUAGAGAUGGAUAUGAUAACAGGAAGAAGUCUGAGUCAUACUCAGAAAAUGAAGAACCAGAUGACGUUCUUAAUCUAGAUGUGGAGGAAGAUUUUCAAGAUGACGAUAAACUUUUAUAUGACGAUGAAGAGGAAGAAGAGUCACACAAGAAAAUUGAAACGCAAGUUUCUGUGGAGAAACCACAGAGUCUUAAACAAAAUAUGACUUCUGGUACUAACACGACUGCAAAAACAGUACAAAUGGCUAAGACAUCAGCGCCGCAAGCAAAAAAACCUUAUACUGGACCCCAAAAAUUUAGUGGUAAUAACAAUGCAAUGCAGAGUGACAAAAGAAAAAGAGGAAAUGGACAAAGAAACUUUCAAACAAGGUCAAACUUUGUUAAGAACAAAAUGCAAAGGAGACGAAAUGGAACUGUUUUAAUUAAUCCAAGAUAUGAGGGAACAGUUCAUGUUAAUGAAAAUGAAGCACGCCUAGCUUGGAAAAACCCUCAGUACUCUCAAAAUAAUACUAGUUUUGUGCAGCCAUGGAAUUCUGAAAAUAUGCUACGAAAUUGUGAUUUAAAUUUACAAAGUCAGUUGCUAGUGAGUAAUUUAGUGAAUGGCAUUGCUAAUGGCUUUGCACAGACACCAGGAAAUAUGCUGAUGCCUCAGUCACAACCACAAACUCAACAUUUCUAUAAGCCUCCAACUAAUAAUUAUGAGCAGCCUUUAUCAUAUGAACCUCCUCCAAAUCUUGUAGAAGAUCAGCAUUUAUAUCAUUCACAGAGUAACCAAAACCAGGAUGUCUCAGGGUGGAAUAAUAGAUACAAUGAAUUCAGUCAGGUAACAAAUCAAAUUCAUCAUCCUCCAGUACAACAAUCAUAUUCAAGACAAAUCGAGCAACAGCCGUAUAACAGUCAGCUGUCAAUGAACAGACCGCAAGGAAAUUCUAAACCAUAUAACUCUUCUUACUCCAACUACAAUCGUUACAAUCGGACAAAUAAUCAAAAUAUGGGACCUACAAAAAAUUCAAACAUAGUUAACUCGUAUGAGGGUAAUAACCUAAAUUACAAUAAAUAUAAUACAAGACCGAGUAUGUAUAGUAAUAAUUAUUAUCCACCGCAAACUGGAGAUAAUUAUGAACGUAAGAAUUUAAAUUAUUCUAACUAUCCACCAAAACAGGAGAACUACAAUAACUAUAAUAGUGGAAACUACGAAACUAGAAAUGAUGUUUUAGCAAGAAGUGAUAAUUUAAAUUAUUACAAACAGGAAGUUCAACAAAAUCAGGCAUACUCUAAUAAGGACCAAUGUCAAAAUAGGCCCAUACAACAAGGCCAGUUUAGAAGAAGGGAAAAUACAUAUAUUCCAAAUAAAAACUUUAAACAAGGCAACAGACGACCUAUUAACAAUACUGAAUGCACUGAUUUUAGAGAAGAAUUACCUGAAAAGAAAGUAAAAAUGACUGAAAACAAUCCACAAUCGACUGAAGUUAGUGAGGAAACAGAGGUUUCUAGUACAGAACAAACACAUCCAGUAAGCGUUAAUGUAAUUAAUAAUACAGAAGAACAGGAGGAUGAAGAAACUAGAUUAUAUCGGUUGAAAAUAGAAGAACAGAAACGGGAACGAGAAAGGAUUUUACGAAUAAAAGAAGAAAGAAGAAAACAAAUGAUGCUACAGCGUCAGAAGGAAGAGGAACAAAAGUUACUGAUCCCAGGUUCCGAAGGAUUUAAACAAAAUCCUUUAAAACAAAAUCUACAAAACAAUAAUACCAACAACCAAUCCAUUAAAAGAGAUAUGGUUGAACAUGCGGUUGGAACUAUUCCUGUUCAAAAAAUUAAUCGACUCACGUCGGGCUCUGUUCCAAAUGUAAUCCAACGGUUGGGAAAAGUACCUCAAAGGCAACUUUCUAGGCAAAAUCAGAACUCUACUUUGUCAUCUAUUCCAUCGAACUAUCCUCAACAAACGACGAACUAUUCCGAUAAUUCAAAUUCAGAUUUACCUCCUGAAUUUCCGAAUCUCACGUUCAAAGUUUCAAAUGAUCGUCAGUCGAACGUCCCGAUCAAAGAUUUGCCGAAGAAAAUGCCAAAUCUCACUUUUAAAGUUACCAAUAAUCUUCAAUCAAACGCUCCAGUUGCAAAAGAGUUGCCCAAGGCUGAAGCGUCUUCUAGCGGCUUCAUGUCCAAUCGGGUAGUUGUCGUAAAAAGUAAAACUAAAGCGAGCAAUGAAGUCCUGACCAAUUCCGAUGUUAACAAACAAGUUUGUAAUGAGGCCAGUAGCGAAUCUUCCGACACCGGGCAAGGCCUUUCGUCUUUCUUCAAUAACCGUAAAGUGUUGAAGAAAGACAACAACUUACUUAAUACGAAGCUUGUGGUUGUUAAUAAUUUGUCAGCUACCAUAAAUCAAAACAAAUUGAUGGCGUUGUCUCAGGGCAUAGGGGAAAUACAGCAACUACGAGUGGAUAAGCAAGAGCGACAAGCAACAAUUUUGUUUAAAUCUGUUGCAUCCGCUCAUGCGUUUUAUAAGAAAUAUCAACGGCGCAUACUUGACGAUUUAUCUGUGAUCGAAGUUAAGCUAGAACCUAUGUUAUAAAAUAUCACUUCAGGUAUUGUUAUUUAUGCUUUAUAAAUUUAAAUACAUAUAGUAGUUUGUAAUAUUAACAUUUUUGUUGAACAUAUUUUCCUAUAUAAAAUGAUUUUCUUUUAAGAAGUCAGUAAAUUUGCCAUACACGAUCAGAUUGACACGGAGUCAACAUCCACACUGCAAAGGUAAUUUUGACAGUCCGUGACGAUUUUUUCCAGUCAAUUGUUCUAAACCAUGUUUUGACCAGGUUUUAUUAUGAGAUUGAUGGUGUUGAACUAUUUGAUCGUGUAUGAUUGGACUUCAGAUAAUAAUGAAAAUAACGUGUGUUUUAAGCUUGUUUCAAAAUAUUUACGAUGUAUUCCAUUUUACACUUUGUGACAAAGUUACAGUAAAUUUAAUUUCCCUUUGUAAAAUUAAAAAUAAGCCUUACACACUUGAUUACUUGAAAUAUAUUGUUGAAUUUAGCGCAUCUGAAAAUUCAUAAUAUGGAAGAUUGAAAUGUAUAUAACUUAACAUCUAUUAGUUAAUUAUAUCCUGUAUCAUUUAAUUAUGUAGGUAAUAAAUUUUUACAACAUUUUUUUUUAAUUGAUGUUUCAUUGAGUGUGUAAUUGGUAGUUCCGUCACGAAACGCAUAUUAUUGAAAUAUGUGUAAAAAUGAAUGUGAAGGUAUAAAAUAAUUUUAUGUCAUACUUGUAAAGAGAAUGCUACAUUGUAUGCGGAAUUUCCUUCAAUUGUGUAUUUUCAUUUUUAAGACACGUAUGUAGUUACUACUAUACUUAUGCGCUCGAGAUGUUAGUUUUGUUUUUGUUUUCUAUUAUAGCCACUACAGUAAUUUAGUACUGUUUUGUUUGAAUCUUAUAUUUUUUUGUAUUUUUAAUAAGUCUUACGUAUUCGACAUGUGCCGAUAUAGUCUAAUAUUUUUGUAUUAAAUUUGUGUUGCAGUAGAAAUCUUAUGAAAUGUUUAUAAAGGAUUAUUUGAAAACAUAAAUAAAGCAUGAGCUUUAAAUAGAUCAAGGGUAUUAAUUUCCACAAAUCAGCGAAAGAGAAAAAACUUGGCUGCUUGGCUUAUCCACAAGACUGCAUGGAAACUUGAGAAAAAACUGGGUACCUCUUAAAAAACCAUGAGAAAAUACAAGUACGGACAGGGGCGAUAAAUGAAACAGUUGCCAGUAUUCCAGGGUAGCAGGCAUAGUACACGCGGGUUGCACGUAUGCGGUCCGGGUAGAGUUAGGUUGGUAAUCACUGUUGGGUCUUGAUUAGAUAUUUGUAUCUAAAUACAUUUUCUAGAUACAAAUUUGGUUAUCUAUUGUACAUAGAUAAAAUCAGAUUUAAGCACAAAAUAUCUGUAUCUAAAUAAAAAAUAAAUGCCAUAAAUACAGA